GAAAAAAAGCAGCAUGGCCGUCCCGUUAAAACUUCGAUUGUCUCCUUUAUAAAUUUAUCCGCUGGGCGGGACAAUUCAAGAUUCUAAGCAGGAGUUUUUCCCAACUUGUUGCACAGGUUACAAGGGGGUGACCCCAUACAUAAGACGUACGCCAUAGUGGCACAACAAAAUUUCGUUGGAACAGAGUGCGGUGAUCACAGCACCACGCACAUGCCUGGGGGAAGCGAGGGGACGAUAGGAAUGCUGACAAGACUUGCUAACGGGUUGUGAACCGCUUGCCAGGCAUUCGUGGGCUACAUGAAGUAUGGAGGAGGCACGUUGGUGCCACUUAGGUCAAUGGGUUCCCCUUAUCCUUCCAACAAAGCCAUGGUGUCAGCCACCCUUGGACAACGGCACCAGCCUAUUUUUUGUGCUGCCUGCAAUCUCGUGGUAUUUUCUUUACCUUCCUGUCUGUGCGCUCCGUCAAGUUCUUUCACUCCCAGGCUCAUGCACUCAAAUGCCGUCCGCCUAUGUACAAACGUAUCCCACACAAUUUUACAAUACCCCCCUAGUACACGCCCCUCUCACCCCAGGCUGGCGAACAGGCGCCCGCUGAAAAUUGGCGCCCACCGUACUCCUCUGUGCAGAGCCGCGCGGAACAGGUGGAGCGACACCUUCCAAAGGGAAGCAUCGCUUCCUGUGAGUAGCCGGGGGGACUAUUUCUCAGCCUGGAAAACGGAGAGCGCAGGAAAAUCCGUAAUUCGUGGGCUGGGGCCGAGUUGUCCUGUUAGGACGGGAACGGACAAUGUCACAAGUUUGGUCACGAUACAGCGUGUAUUUCUAUCAAUCCAACGUACAAUUGUAGAUAAUAACACCUGCUACUGAUUACGUCAACGAGCGGUCAUAUAACUGUUUUACGAGAGCGGGUUUCAGUAUUACCUCUUAGCAUGAAUUUGUUGUAUGUGCAUGGUUAGCGUCCCAGUUGCAAAACCAUCACCGGGUGGCACAUUUUGGGAGAGGACGUUUCCCUUUGUGUAUAGUUAAUGGGAUGUAGUUUUAGCUCCGAUUAAGCCUUUCCCCAUUAGACGCCUGGGAGAAAC